AAUCAUACUGUGUACCGGAUAUUCUUUCAUUUUAGUUGAGAAAGGACAAUGGGCAUGCUAAUUGUAGCCUCUGGAAAGAGUGUGACAUUAUCCAUCAUAAUUGUGUUUUCUGAUCUUGAAGGAGCUUAGCAUUCCACCAAGAACGUUAAGUAAGUAGGAAAGCAGUUUAAGUAUUCAGACAACACAGAAGUUGUUGGGAUUUCUGCAUCCCCGUUGUCAUCUUCCACCCCUAACAAAGUGAUGACCUCACAGCAGCAUCCCCUCCCCAAUGCAAACGUCAACCCUCCCCUCCUUGUCCCCCAGAACUCUUCAGCUCACCAAGGUAGGCCUCACAUUCACCCAAACCAGCUGGACUCUACUCAGAGUAGUGCUGCGGGGCACCUUGCCCCCCACAGAGGUCUGAUGGGUGGUGUGGGGUCCUCAUCAGUGGGGACCUCCAGCGGAGUGGCAGUGAACAGGGGCGCCUCGGCCUCCUGCACUAACUCUGCCAUUUCCAGGAGGCCCUCGUCGGGACGCUUCGAACCCUGGCCCGAGGAGGCCGUAGACAAUGCUUACGGCUUGUACUCGCUGCACCGCAUGUUUGACAUAGUGGGAGCCCAGCUUACGCACCGUGACGUGCGAGUGCUCUCCUUCCUGUUCGUGGACGUCAUCGACGAGUAUGAGCGCGGAGGCAUCAGGAGCGGCCGGGACUUCUUGCUAGCUCUGGAGCGCCAGGGGCGCUGUGAUGAGACCAACUUCAGACACGUCCUGCAGCUGCUCCGUAUCAUCACGCGGCACGACCUGCUGCCAUACGUCACACUCAGGAAGAGACAGACCGUGUGCCCAGACCCAGUGGAUAAGUACCUGGAAGAGACGUCAGUGCGUUAUGUGUCCCCCAGAGGAGGAGAGAGCAGGGAGGCUACACCCCACAGGAGGACAGGCCCCCAACCAGUAAUAUGCUGUUCUCCAUCGGGGCCCCAGGUGGGCCCCCCCCGCACCAAGCCAGGCCCCCCAUUACCGAGCCGCAAAAGGAAGAGGGCCCACACCACAGGAGACUGCAGGGAGAAGCAAACCUGUGACAUCCGCCUACGAGUGCGCGCCGAGUACUGCCAGCAUGAAUCAGCGCUUCAGGGAAACGUCUUCUCCAACAAGCAGGAGGCUCUGGAGAGGCAGUUUGAGAGGUUCAACCAGGCAAACACUAUUCUCAAGUCCCGGGACCUGGGCUCCAUCAUCUGUGACAUCAAGUUCUCGGAGCUCACAUACCUAGAUGCUUUCUGGCGGGAUUAUAUCAACGGCUCCCUGCUGGAGGCCCUGAAGGGCGUCUUCAUCACAGACUCACUCAAACAGGCAGUGGGCCAUGAGGCCAUCAAACUGCUGGUCAAUGUGGAUGAGGAGGACUAUCAGGCUGGCCGCCGCAAGCUGCUCCGGAACCUGGUCACUGGAGGUGGGGCCGGGGCCGGGGCUGCUGCCACACCCGACGGGAGCAGAGGGACUCCAUCCUCUUAGAAGCGCAUGUCUGCUUCUUUUAGCAGGGGGGGGGCACCCAUGUCCCAAAUAAGAUAACUUAACGGCGAGGACAGAAGCAAGGAAAGUAUAAAGUACGUUCUGAUUCAGGAAGAAGUAUGAGGAAGAAUGCUGGGUGCCCUGCCCUUUCAUCUAUGAAGGGAAUGUGAAAUUAAAGUGAGCAAGAGUAAGUUGAGUUAGAUGUAUGGAACACAGACAUAAGAUAAGUGUUUUGAAUGUUGAAGGUUUAGUUUUUUCUGCUGGAAGGACAAUGCUAAUAUUUUAUAUUGUAACUUGUGAAUUGACUAUAAAAUCUGAUUUAACAUUUUCUUUUGGUAUCACACAGCUCUUUGCCAUAAAGUGUUCUUGAAAAGUCCCUUAGUAGACUAUUACUACACAUGGCUAUAAACAAGUCCCUAUUGGGACAUUUAGCAUUUUGUUUACUGCCAGACAGGGACAAAAUCAUUGUAAGCCAGUGACAUGCCAUCAUUAUAAUUAUUUGGUAGUAAAUAAUUUAAAAAUAUUUUUGGUAUGUUGUCAAAUGAACAAUUGUGUGGGUCAUUCUUGAUGAUUUGGUUCAAAAGGAUUGAAAAGAUUAAGCGUACUGAGUGGUUUCAGAUGUGCUUGAAAAUUGCAAUACAAAAUUCAACAACAGAGUGCAGUAAUAAGUAUAAAAAAACAGCGUCAUUUUGAAAUAAUUUUGACCCCAAAUACUGUAUCUACCCUCAUCUCAAAUACAAAUGUCCUUUUUGAAUAUGUGUAUUCACCCAUGGCUCAGACUUCUAUUUCUUGAUUUGCUUGUCAAUAUUAGAAUUUAAUCAGAAAGACGCAUUCAUUAAAGCUGGAAUCUUUAGUGGUGAAACUGCCACGUCUGUUUGCGAUAUUACAACAACAAAGACAGUACUUCAAACAACACUGUUUUUUUCCCCCUCUGACAUCAUCUCACAUCAUUGCAAGCACGAUAGAACAGCAGAGUAGGUACCACAAUGCUCCGCUGCUCUGUUUCCAAAACAAAAACAAAAGCACCUGGGGUUUUUAAAACAACUUUAACAAUUGUUUUAUUAUAGUUUUAUUAGAGUUACAACCAACAUACAAAGUUCCCCCCUUGUUUUUGCUUUUUAAUUGUAAUUUCAUGUAAAGAGAAAAGGCUCUACACACUGCAUUUAGUACUUUCAACCAUUUAUUUGGGGGAAGUACACUGGGAGCACCAUUUUGUUUGAUUGAGUUCAUCAAUAUCAUAGAUUUUACUACAACGGUAUAAUUAGGUAUAUUGUAUUUCAUGCAAAUGUACAAGACCAGAGUAGUUGGUGAUUAUUUUGGACCACAUUUUCAAAACAUCUUUGUCCACAGUUCAUUAUCCUACAAUCAAUCUGACACAAUGUAGCAUGGUGUAGUGCUAUCCAAGUUAGGAGCCUCUGAUACUUGCUUUAGGAAACAAGGCAACUUUAAACAUGUUUUACCGCCUUGGACCAAUCAGUAAGUUUAGUCAAAAUCGUCCCAGUGCUGUCUGAGAUAUCGUGUGUGAUGAACGUACAGGCAGAGUCAGAUCCACAGACGAUUAACAUUGAUCAGACUGCCAUCUGAUAAAAUAUUUAAUACAGUUGGCUAUACCUUUGACAUAUGAGGGUGUUUUCUAGGCAACAUUUUUUAUAGGUUGUGAGGUUGGCUUUCAUAGAUGCAGCAAGGUCAAGAGCAGUGAUGUGUUGGAAAGUGGUUCACUUCAUACUUGUUUGCAUUGUAAGAAUGUCCUCAGUCUCAUAUACAGAUGUGGUCAAAUAUAUUGGCACCCUUGCUUGAUUCACUAUUUAUUCUAAAAUAAGUUGAAAUUAAAAAAUAUUUUGGAUUUUA